AUGCCGUUCUUAGCUGUACCAUUUUCUGUCAAAGUGGCGCUUGCGGUCGGAGGACUUGCGGGUGCGGGGUUGGCUGUAGCAAACAAUAGGGAGGCCAUAUUGCAAGCUGCAGAAAACCUCUUCAACCGAGGUGCCGAAUAUUGUCACAAAAAGCUCGAGGAGAAUAAAAUAAAGAAUCAGGGAGUUUUCGCUGAUGGCUAUGAAGACGACGCACUUGGUGAAGAGGCUGAAGGCAAUUCUACCGGAUACGAAAGUUUUACUGAUAUAAGUACUCCAAACACAACUGAUUUUCUGGAGAUAGACACAGACAUCGAGUCUGCAGAUGAGGAUGACUUAGAGUUAGAUUGA